GGGGGGAGGGGGGAGGGUGGACCUUUUAAUUGUUUGUUUUCUUCUAUAUAUUUUUCUUUUUGUGAUACAGGGGUGUAAAGAUAAAACUCCCAGCGGACUCCUGCUGUAAUGUUUGGUGUGUGUCUCUGCUUGUACAGACUUUUAUAUGUCCUGGAGUGUCGCUGUAAUGAUGUUGCUGCUGCAUUAUGGACUUUCAUUCGUGGCUGAUAAUUGAUUUUGGAUUCAAGUUGAAAGUACAAUAAAUUAAUGCAAAUUUCUACAAAAAUGUACAAAACAAAAAUAUCAGGUGUGCAGUGUUGCCGGAGAUUAGUAAAAAAAACAAAAAACAACAUGAUGCCCACUGACUUGACUGUUAAAAUGUUGUCAUGCUUACUGUCACUAGGUGGCAGCAUUAUCAAACAAGACUCAAAGGGUUUCCCGUGUCUAUAGGGGGGAGUGUAUAUGGAAGAGGAGCGGGAUCAAAAUGAACUAAUGCAAUAGUGGGGCUGGGGGUAGGGCGGAGCUGGCAAGGCAGUACUUUUUGUUGGAUAUAACCUGCCUUUUGAAGGUAAAAUAAAAUGUUAAACUCCAUUGACUGUUCCAAGCGCAGGUGCAGGGCGAGAUGUAAGUAAUUACCCCUGAAUUUGGCUGCUUCGUUUCAGGUUAAACAGUCUUUCUGUUUCGAUAUGUGCUACUUGGUUACAUUGUAAAGAAUGCUCCGGGAACAUGCCUGGAGUUGUGUUUUCAUUUCACUCAUCAGAACCAUAAAGACCCCUCUCCCCUUGCCAUGUAUAUGCCCCUGCUUACUUGUGGAGUAACGACGCUGCAGUGACGGACAUGGAAGAGCCUGCAUUCAUGUGUCGCAUUCCAAACUGCUAUUCCUUCAUUUCAAUCUUGAUUCAGCUUCAGCGUUACGGGCCCUGCUGUGAGGGGAAGAACUGAAGAUGGAUCAUGUCCUCAAGAACGGGGUAGAUUUUUAAACCCCUUCUCACUGCCAUCCUGCUUUCAGUGCUGGGGAGGAGUGAUGUGGAAAUCGCUUAAUCAGUGGCACAGGCAAGCUCCUGUAUGUCUAUGGCAGUCUGUGUUAGGUGGUUGGGGGGUAUCUGUGCUGGAAUUCACUACCCUGCACUGUCAUCUGUAGGAGAAUGGGUGGGAUUGCAUUACUAAUCACACCAAACUGGUAAUCGUUUUAAACAUUUCAAAAAGCAAUAUCGGAAGAUGGAAUUGAAAUUGGAAAUUAGAAAGUGGCUCCAUAAACUCUUUGUAUGGAAAUUGGCUAUAUUAUACCAGAAUUCCUCUGCCAUGACAAACUAUCAAACUUGGAAAAGAGCUAUGUUUUUUUAAGGGGGGGUACCUGUGACUGUAAAUAUUUGAAAUGUCUUUUAGAAUUUGUAUUUUGUUUGUAUGAACAGUUGCAAAACUAGAUUGAAAAAUGGAACCAGCCUGCUGUCCUUUAUUACCUGUGGUAUGUUUGUUUAUUUAAUCCAAACUUUCCUUAAUAGGCCAUGGUGGUAAUUAAAGAUUCAAUUAAAAAGGACGUGUUUAAAAUCACACCUGAAGGGAAUCAAGUCAGAUGAUUGUCCUCCGUGUGCAGAUGUCACCUGGUGCUCAGGGCACUGUGUUUCGUGUGAUUUACAGAACAUUGUGUGUAGGUUGUGUUUUCUCAGAAUAGAUGCAAUCAUGCAUGAGGUGACAUAUAUUAAUAAAAAGCACCCUAUCAAUACUGACUCCUCUCUACGUGCCAAAGAGCUCAAACAAGUGACACACGCAGCUCAGUCCCAACAAGCAUGACUCCUUUCAUGAAUCUGUUUUGUGAACAGGAGAUUUGAAUAGUGUCUGUCUGCACCUAAAAUAAGUAGCCUUUCUGUAUCAGUAAUAUGUUUAUAUGUAGAGUAUAUGAGUAUUUCAUUGCAGAUCAUUUCACAUCAAAGCACUCUAUGAUUUGAGGUCGAUGGAGAAUAAAACUUAUCGCCAAACCCAGAGAAGUGCUUUUGGUUAAGAAUCCAUUGUUUGCUAAGGAAUGAUGUCACAAUCCUGGAAUCCGGUGUCUAUUGUUCCCUUUCAGCUGUUCCAUUCUGGAAUCCGGUGUCUAUUGUUCCAUUUUGGAAUCCCCACGACAACAGAACUGUGCAGCUGCUGAGCAAGGUGGGGUUAGCCUUUGCUAAAGAAGAUUGAGAAUUUCAGAUUUAGAGACAGCAGGAGGGAUUUAAUUUGCACUAAAAUGAUUUAUAUAUAACUCAGCAUUUCCUGUGACCCCCAAAACUUUUUGUUUGGUUUGGCAAAGUGACUGAAGGACGGCUUACAAAAUCAAAAUGAUUGGAAUCGUAAAGGUGGCACUACCAAUACAUCUCCUUGAUUAGAGACCUUGAAAGAGGUUUGCACGAAAACUACUGGGCUGCUUUGUAUGCAGGAUGUAUUUCACCGAAGUGAACGCAGGAUCCUUGUACGAAGGCGACACUUAAGUUUUUGCUUCGGGAUGCGAUUGAUUUCUCCACCCAGACACAAAAGAUUUCGCUUUUGACAGCUUUUACUUUAGAAAGGAAUGCACUGUACGGGCAUAACUGAAAAACUAAGCAGGCGGCUGCAGUUAUAGUCCUAUCAGUAUGAAUUAUUCAGCAGGGGGUGCAGUAUUGUAUCUCGUUAAACAGUAAUACAGUCAAUAUACAUACACUGGAGUUGAGACUAAUCCACUACCCUAAUUGACUGCGGACUUUCAGGACAGUGAAAACGAGGGGUGCAAUGAGCUGCUGGAGUUUGGCAUGGCUGAUCUUGGCCUGGCUUUUCCAUACUGCGGCGUCGAGACAGAUGACCACACCGACCUUCCCUCCAGAACUGGCCUCCAUGACCGCGUUUGUGGUGAUCAAUAGCUCCCAGUGCAGCACCACCUGCGGCAUCGGGCUGAGGACGGAGACGCUGUGCCUCCUCACGGCCAACGCCAGACACGAGGGGUGCCGGAAGCAGAAGGUGUCGUGCGUGGAGAACUGGAUCUGCGGCAUGAAGACCCUCACAGUCAUGGUUGGGAGAGGGCAGGUGCUGAACUGCCUCAGCGAGGUGAUGGAGGAGAUCGGCAGGUAUAAGUUUCUCUUCAGCUGGAGGUACGCGAGGGGGAUCGUCACCACUGACGACGCCUACUUCAAGCGCUACUCAACCAAGGCGGUGGACAAGCUGGUCCUCAACCCCAUCUUGGAGACGGAUGCCGGGACGUACCGCUGCGACGUGCAGGACACCUCCUACAAGAUGGUCAAGAGGGCCUACUUUGGACUGAAGGUUCUGCCCCCAGCCAUGGUGCACCUGGAGUACGCCAAGGCCCUCUCCUCCUUGCAGUGGCAGGACGUGAAAAAGGUCGGGGGCACCAGUCCUCCGGCCGUCUCCACCGAGAAGACCACCGCGGCCCCCACUUUGAAGGAUGUCAAAAUGAAGAUCGGCAUCUACAGCUUAGCCGGGGCGAGCGGAGCAGCGGUCCUCAUAUUCCUGGCACUCUGUCUCAUCUAUAGGGAGCCCAAAGCCAAGCCAGAUCCCUACUGAAGGAGACGUCCACACUGCUCUUCACUUCCAUAAGUUCAGCAAGUCGAGUCAAGUCUGUCGAUUAGGAGUACGGCUGAGAGGAAGGGGGGCGGUCGUCGGGGUCAGCCAGUGAGAAUGUGCUGCAGGAAUGGAUUGCCCCAUUCAGGGACGCUGUGGGGCAGAAGAAGGGGGUAGCAGCAGUCAUUUGAACAUUUGUUUUAUUCGUAGAGCCUCUGGCAUGAUGUACUGUAACACCCUGUUAACUGCGGCAGGUUUUUGAAUGAUGAAGCCAGGGCAUUGCAAAUAACAUUUUCCAGCUAUUAAUAU